AGUUUUCGUCUGCUUCGAGCCCACGAGUAACAACAAGAAAGUCAUAAGUCUUGGCAACUUGUAAUGGUAAACAGCUACUACAAAGUACAAACUGCAGACUAGAUGAAUAUUAUACAAUGAUUCCUUGAAUAAAUGUCGAAAUACGACUUUAAUGUGACCCCAUAUUCCGAUAUUUAGACGAAAUCUUUUCAAAUAUUGCAACAAGUACAUCAAGUGAAACGUAAUGCCACGAGGAAGGAAGCGAGGAAGUCGAGGAGGAGGAAGAGGCAGGGGUAGACCACCGGGUUCCACAACAGCCGCUGCAACAAGAAUAGAUGGUCCAUCCGUUAAAAAAAUUAAGCUAGAACCACAAAACACAUCUUCCAUAUUUGGAUCUGAAGACAUCAUUUAUGGAUCAAAUUUUGAUGUAUUCCAAGAAGUUAUUGUAGAAGAAGAGGUCCAAGAUAUCAAUGUUGAAAAUAGCCGAUCAAACUCUCCCAUUUCAGUUACAAAUGACAGCAAUUCCAAUGAAAAUUCAGUCAGUUCAUUCUCAGCUUCAGAUAUUCAUAAUAAGUAUUGGACCAGAGAAGACCUAACUCCAUCUGAUGCCCCCCCUGAAAAUCUGUUUACUGAAAAUGAGGAUGAGAUGAAAUCCUUUGCUCUCGACAUGAAUAAUGUUGACACCACAGUCAAUUUAAAUGAUGAAACUGGAUUCUCCCUCAAUAGUCUCUUCCCUAUUAAAGAAGAGCCACUUGACAUUGAACAACCCAAAUCCAGUGAAAAUGGUGUAGAGCAAGUCAAAAAGGCUUCAAGAAGAAAAAUCAAACAAGAGCCUACUGAAACAGCUCCAAAGUUAAAGCAGAUGUCGUUAUACGAAGAGAUGUCUCUUUUUCGUCAGCUUCGACCAUUGGCAGAAAAAAAUGCUCUAAGUCCCGAACUUAGACGACUGUACAGAAAGCUAUCGUUGAGAAAUACUAAACGUUCAAUUGGCUUGGAACCCUUCAACUUCGACAGACUAUUAGCUAAGCUGUUGGGAAAAGAUUGGUCAUUCCCAGCUAGCAGCAAUGAACCUGCAAGUCAGAUAGUCAGCGUUUCUAAUGUCCUCGAUCGUUUUCAGAAAAGUAGUUUACCGUCUUGUUCAUCUCAAAAACGUCUCAACAUAUCUUUCCGAAUGAGGUUACUUGGCGCAAGUGAAGAUCAGAUUCCGCAAUCUUUUGUCAGCCCCUAUACUGGGAGAACACUUAAGCCUUUUAUACGAAGGGACUAUGAAUCUCGCCCAAUGAAGUUAAAACUUCUAGAAGAAAUCCGUAGUAAAUGUUCUAGCACAGAGAUAAGGAACUCUGUUGUAAAACCGAUCGACUACUCUUAUGUACAACCUCAACACAUUCCGGCAAUCAAUGCCAUUUGUAAAGAGUUUUUCUGGUCUGGAAUUGAUGUUACGGAAUGCUUGGAAUAUCCGGAUUUUAGUUGCGUGGUACUAUACGGCCAUGUCAUUAUUGGAUUUGCGUUUAUGGUACCUGAUGUCUCGUACAAUGAAGCUUACAUUUCUUAUUUGUUCACACACCCCGAAUGGAGAGGAGCGGGAAUCGCGAAAUUCAUGCUGUAUCAUUUAAUUCAAAGUUGCAUGGGCAAAGAUGUUACGUUACAUGUUUCGGCUACCAAUCCAGCCAUGACUUUAUACCACAAGUUUGGUUUUAAAGUGCAAGAGUUUGUUGUGGACUUUUACGACAAAUAUUUCCCUGCUGAUUCAACUCAGUGUAAGCACGCUUUUUUCAUGCGACUCACACGAUAACGGAGAUGUAUAAACUUUUUUUUAUACUCGCUGAAAUGGUUUACAUCUCUAUGCUACGUGAUGGUAAUAGAAAUGUUGAUUCGUCA